UCUCUUUUAUAUUAUUGAUCAUUAUCGCUUGCAAGCUUUGCUAAUUAUUUUUAUCUUUGUCGAAAUUCUUAUUAACUUGGUAUAUUUAUUUUGUGGACACAUAAUUUUGCUUAUCCAGUGAUUAAUUUGCAGUAUUGCCCUUUGUCUAUGUCAUUUGUGUUACACUCAACACCAUUAUUGAACACAUCAACAACAGCAUUAGCAGCCGCAGCACGUAACCUCGGUGCGUCGAUAAAACCAGCAGCAUUAGUCGGGCGCUAUCUUUUGCGGAACCAAAUAGGCCAUAUAUACCAGAGACACUUUUCAUUUUCCCAACUGCAGUGUGCGCCAAAGAAACACAAGUCUUUAAUGAGCAGACAAGCAGCAGACAAUCGGGAUGAGCCCAAGAGUGCCAAGAAUGUGCCGCACACCUUGCGCAAGCACUCUGCAAAAUGGGCGUUGACCGAAGAGGCAAACAAGAAUCGCGAAAAGUCGCAUGUCGAAGCUAUCAGGUGGAGGGACACAUGGCCUACGACCGAAUACGCGCUUAACGAGAAGUCGACCGAGCACAAGCAGCUGAUCGUGCUUGAUCUGAACGGCACUCUGCUUUAUCGCGGCCCGCACCAGCGUGAUCGUCCGAGGGUGGUGAUGGCUCGACCCAAGCUGGACGAAUUUUUGGAGUUUGCCACCAAGCAUUUUGCUGUCAUGGUGUGGAGCUCAGCGCAGCCCGAAAACAUUAUGAGUAUGCUGAAGGAAUCGUUUGGUGACCACGAGAAGAAACUUGUUCGUGUGUGGGACCGCCGCUUCUGCGAUCUCUCUGGCCCCUAUUUUUCCAAGGCCCAGUCGAUCAAGGACCUGACCCGCAUUACUGACGGAUUCACCCUGGUCGACUCGUCUAAUAGAAAUGUGUAUGGAACCUAUGAAGGACACCUGGGUAUCUGCCCCGAGAAGCAGGACCACUGGAAGGUGGAGAACAUAAUUUUAGUGGAUGACUCCGAGUCCAAGGCCGCAAUGCAAAAGGACAACCACAUAUUUGUGUCCACUUAUACUGGCAGCUGGCGUGACAGCGAGCUGAGUGUGCUGACAACUUACCUGCAUAACUAUCUAUGCCAAAAGGAAAAGUACCCCGAUCUGCUUGGCUAUCUCAAGGACAACUCUUGGGUCGAAUUCCGCAACAAUGCGGUUCGUCUGAACAUUGACGAGAUCAACAUGGAAGUUAGCGACUGAUGUUGUCUUUUAGGUUCUUGUUUUAGAUAUUAUUAAACAGCUGUUGUUUGAUGUUGAUUAAAUUAAUGUAUUGACACACCACUCGAAA